AUGUCCAAAGAUCAGUGCUAUUACGAUGUAAUGUUCCUUUACCUCUUUCAGAAAUGGGUAGAUUACAAAUUAAGGUGGGACCCAGAAGAGUACGGGGGCGUGGAGCAACUCUACGUUCCAUCCGAACACAUUUGGCUUCCAGAUAUCGUUCUUUUCAACAACGCUGAUGGAAAUUACGAAGUUACGCUUAUGACUAAAGCUGUUUUAUCAUACACAGGGGAAGUGGUGUGGAAACCACCCUCUAUUUAUAAAUCAUCGUGCGAAAUCAAUGUGCAAUAUUUUCCUUUUGACGAACAGAGCUGUUUGAUGAAGUUUGGAUCCUGGACCUAUAACGGAUAUCAGGUUGACCUCAAGCAUAUGGAUCAAGUGCCAGGAUCAAAUAUAGUAAAAGUGGGAAUAGACUUAUCCGAAUUUUAUCUUUCCGUAGAAUGGGAUUUAUUGGCCGUUCCAGCAACGAGAAAUGAGGAAUAUUAUCCUUGCUGUUCGGAACCAUAUUCAGGUAGAUAA